AUGGCGUCACCCCGCCCUCGACGCACGCCUGACGCGCCACGCAUCCUAGCCGAAGCCCGGGUCCUAGCGCGGUGCCGACGCGCGGGCGUCCCGGUCCCCGCCGUAUACGCCGUUGACGAGGCAGCUGGGUGGAGUGCGGUGGGACGCAUGCAUGGCGUGGGUGUUGUGCAUGGCGAUUUGACGACGAGUAAUAUGAUGUUGCGGCCGUGGGAGAAGGGUCGGGAGCCGGCGAAUGGGCAUGCGGGAGGAGGUGGUGGUGAUGGGUUGCUGGAUGGUGAUAUUGUGAUUAUCGAUUUUGGUCUCGCAAGCCAGAGUACGUCUGAUGAAGACCGCGCUGUGGAUCUAUAUGUUCUAGAAAGAGCGUUUGCCAGCACGCAUUCUCGCGCGGAAGGGUUAUUUACGGCUAUGCUAGAAAGCUCAUAUAAGGAGACUUUUAAACAAGCGCCUGUGGUCUUGAAAAAGCUCGAGGAGGUUAGGAUGAGAGGGCGCAAGAGGAGUAUGAUAGGGUAA